AGAGAUCGAGACUCGAUCUCAGUAACUACAUCAAAGCAAUUACCAUUUACCACACUUAGUAUCAAGAUGACUAUCUAGUCUUCCACAGGACACUUGACUCAUUCCAAUUGACUUAGGUACGCGUCGUCCGCUUUUCGAACCAUCUGCUUUAUCCUCAGGCUCCUUUUCCUGCCUCAUCUGUCGUGCUUUCUGCCAAUAUUUAUAUCUGCGCUCCCAUUACAGGUUGCUGACUUUAAUAUCCUCGCAGGUCCUACCUUCUUCUAGGUCUCACCUGGAACUUAAUGGACAUACAACUCAGCAUGUCUGCAGAAAACACGGAAAAGGGUUAGCAAAACAGAAGUAAUAAAAGGGUGGUAUUCACCCCACUGCAACUUUCGCUGACCAUGUAUGGCAUCACGAUGACCUCAUGCUAACGCUUUCCAGUGGCCCUUCCGACCGGAGCAACUCAACAUGUUUCGAAAAGGGUCUGAAAUACUUUCCGUUAUAUCUCUCCCUCGUCCUACAUAUGUCACGUUCAAUAUACUUGUCGCUCUCCACGGAUGCAACUACUGCGAGAGUGACGUUGGUGCUGGCCAAGGUUCCAGCAAAUACCCUCGGUGGCUUCAUAGGCUCUAGUCAACCAGUGUUUGAUCCUUAUGUAAUAAAAGAAAACGACUCGGAACGAGGUACGGUGUGCCUGGGGUCUAAACCAGCUCACACUGAGUUUGGACAUGCUCCAAGUCAGAGUCAAGCAUGAUACUUGGAAGUCCUCUUCAAGGUACAAGGGAAUCAAAACCCAAUCGUUGCCCUGAAAAUCUCCCCAUCCGCCAUCUCGUUUUUUUGCCUUGAAUGAAUAUGAUGAUUGAUCCACUAUUACUGUUGGUCAUUGGUGAAUUCAACUCACUUUAGAAGAUGCGCUAACAGAUUUCUCCCAUCUAGUAUCUAUUUAACUUCCCCUCAACCAUCAAAAAGCAACAAAAGCUGCAGACUAACUUUGAUACUUCACGCCCCGGUAUGGGUACGGGCUUCAAUCCUUUCAAAG